AUGCAGGAAAAUUUUGAGCUUGAAAAGUGCCUUUCUAAUAUCUUAGUGUACGGUCUUCCUGAGCGCGUGUCUUCUACCAUACCCCAGCGUAUUGAAGAUGACAAGACCGAACUGCUUACUCUCUUCGAGAAGUCAAAUAUCUCCCCGGCUUUCUCCAAAGUCUUCCAACUAAGUAAAAUACGAGCAGAAAACCCCCGUCCACUGAAAAUCAAUAUGAAGUCUAAAUCCAAAACAUCUCAAUUAUUGGAGUCAUUCAAUGACGCAAAACUGGUUGGUGUAUAA